CAUUUCGACUUUUCGACGAUCAAGUUGGAUUUGGUUUUUUUAACUUCUAUAUAACCAUUGUCGAUUCAAUAAUUUUGUGGUAGUGCGUGUGUUUUUGCGGUUUUUUUUAAUGGAAAAUUGGUGAUAAUACGAAUGCUACACUGCUACACAUUGGAUAGAUUGAAUUAAAAUAUUUUUAUUUGAACACAUGGACUGGAAAGUUCAAGUUUAAUUUUGGUUUUUUUUGGGUGUACAACAGACUUAAUUUUGGGUGAUUAAAUUUGGAGCAAACAGAUAAUUCGUUGAAAAAUGCCACCGUCCAAUACAAUUGCGACAACCGAUCCGAAGCAACAACAUGAACAGAAUGGCAAUGGAGUUAAAGAAGUCAUGAACCUUGAACCUCCAACGACUACAAUCGUUGUGCCUCCAGAUGGAGGAUGGGGAUGGGUGGUUGUUGUUGCAUCCUUUGUAAGCAAUGUCAUAGUUGAUGGUAUCGUUAUGAGCGCUGGAAUGUUCAAAGAACCAAUGACAAAAGACUUUGGUGCAUCAGCAUCAGCCAUUUCGCUAGUAUUUUCACUACUCAGUGGAUUCUAUUUGAUAGCCGGCCCAUUUGCUGCCUCAUUAGCCAAUAGGUAUGGAUUCAGACCGAUCACAAUAAUCGGAUCUUUUAUCGCAUCGUUUGCAUUCGGAAUUUCCUACUUAGCGGACGGUGUAGUGUACAUGUAUAUUAUUUACGGUGUGAUUGGCGGAGUCGGAUUCAGUAUGAUCUAUAUUCCGUCUGUCAUUAUUGUCGGAUAUUAUUUCGAGCGAUGGAGAGCACUUGCAACUGGUGUUGCGUUGUGCGGCAGUGGUGUCGGAACGUUUCUGUUCGCACCGUUUAAUGAAGCCAUGAUCAAAGCAGUAGGAUGGAGAACCACGCUGCUAAUUCAAAGUGCCAUAAUAUUGACGUGUACAAUAACCGGUUCAAUGUAUCGGCCGUUGAAACCAAUCCAAGUGACUGUUGACGAAGAACAGGAAGAGAAGAAAAUUAUGCUUCCGAUCGUUUUCACAAAACCAUUACCGGAAGGACGGUAUGCGUUCAGUGUACCGAAUAGUGUACAUAACACAUGGAUCGGUGCAAGCAAUAACACGACCUAUCCAACAGCAGCCGAGGUCUUCCGUGGCAUGGGUGCCAAUAUGGAACGCACUGAGAGACGAACAUCAUCGUCAGCAACUCCUCCAACGAAUGUUUUGACAUCCGUUACGUCAAAAAAAUUGGAGCAAUUGCAUCGGGCUCAACGUCGUUCGUCUGGCCACUCGACUCCUGAACAUGAUCAUCAACAGCCGCCAUUGUUCAAUCUAACCAAGGAACUCAAUACUCUCGGUGAGGCAGACGAAGAAAAUGAAAAUGACACUCUGAUUGAUGAGGAAAUCAAACCUGUCAGCUUGAUGGAACGUAGACACACUGUAUCUGGUCGUCGUCCGAUUCUACCGAAAAACCGAAAAGGUGCCUUAACCGACAACCGUCCUAUGUAUCGUGACGAUGUGUUCUUCCAUGGAUCACUUGCUAGAAUUCCCCAGUAUCAGUCACAAUCUUCACUGGGCUACCACAUGGCUGUUACUAGAAUGCCAACGCAACAUGACGUCGAAGAGGAGGAGCAAAAUCGCUGUGCUGUGUGUUCUGAGGCUGUGCGUCGAACACUGGCAACUAUGUUAGAUCUUAGUCUGUUAAAGUCACCAUCCUUUAUGCUGCUAGCAUUGAGUGGUUUUCUCACGAUGAUGGGCUUCUUCGUUCCGUUCAUGUUCAUGAAAGAUCGAGGUGUUCAAGAAAUGGAUGAAAGUACGGCCGCCUUCACAGUGGCAGCGAUUGGCAUUGCGAAUACAAUUGCUAGGAUCGUUUGCGGUAUAUUGAGUUCAUUCAAAGGGGUCAACGCGUUGUGGUUAAACAACGUUGCCAUUACACUCGGUGGCAUUGCUACAAUGUUAAGUGGAUUGUAUUUGACUGAAGCGUAUCAGUUCACGUACGCAGCUAUUUUUGGAGUUGCCAUUGCUUGCUUCUCGGCACUACGAUCUCUAAUAGCUGUUGAUUUGAUGGGCUUGGAGAAAUUGACAAACGCUUUCGGUAUUCUUAUGUUAUUCCAAGGAUUGGCGGCUGUUAUGGGCGGCCCAAUAGCCGGUAUGCUAUACGAUGCCACAAAGAGUUUUGACUAUUCUUUCUACUUUGCCGGUGCAUUGAUAACCCUGUCCGCCAUUCUCUGCUAUCCACUCAAUUACGUCAACAAAUGGGAAAAAGCGAGAGCUGAGAAAGAUAGUAAGAAACCUGCCGUUUAACCAUCCGUGUUGAGCUGGAUAUUCAACACGACAUGAAUGUAGGGGGCCCGGUAACUACAAAGACGUUACUAUGAGGUAAGGCAAGCGCAAUCGAAAUUAGCUGCAAACCUGCAAUACUUGACAAUAAUUUUGAAACGGACAAGGGAAAUUGAAUGGGAGCGUACACGAUGAUGUGUUGGAGUGUUAGGCUCUGAAGUGAAGAACAUAUAAUUCACUGGUCAUUCCUUUUCCUUUUUUGACAAUUUUACGCAUAAAUCCAUCCCAAUUAUGUAGUGACCGUCAAGCUUAAAAUGAGAAUUAUUUAACGCAAAUUUUUUUUAUUCUUCUGUAUAAUCCAAGACCUCAAUGGUAUAAACGCUAUGUAGUCCGCAAACAAAACAGAGCACACGAAAUCCGAUUGAAUAU